AUGGCCUCCUUCUUCACGGCCACCCUGAAGAGCUUCCAGGGGGGCAAGGACGAGUCCCCCAAGGGGGCCCCCAAGGAUGACAAGGCAGCUGCUCUGCCCAGCAGCAUGGCCCGCGAGGAGUUUGAGGAGUACCAGCGGCAGCUGCUGGAGGAGAAGAUCGAGCGGGACAAGGCGUUUGCACAGAGGAAGGCAGAACGGGCCACGGUGCGGAUGCACCUGCGGGACAAGUACCACCUGGCCCAGGACGAGCGGGACGAUGCCCAGGUGCACGUGGCCGGAGGGGCGGUGGAGCUGCCGCAGGACCUGGCAGCCAUGGUGCACAGCGAGGAGGAGGAGGAGGAUGGCAGCGCCGGGGCCUUCGCCUUCCUGGCGAAGCUGAGGCAGGUGGAGCUGCCGGCGCUGCGGGACCGCGCUCUGGGCGGCGUGGAUCAGGUUAGGGAGAAGUGCGCCCUGAUGUAG